CAAGACACGGGGUUCAUAUUUUAAUAUGUGCGUGCCUCUUUUCUAAUAGGCGACGUCGUCAUUAGCCCCGCCUUUACUGCCGCUUGAUUGGCUGGACCACAGUGUGUCUGUGCUGUGAUUGGCUGCCAGAGACACAACACAGUUCCGCAAAUCUAGCCUGCUUGUGUUUUGACAUUUUUUUUCUGGUUUGUUUUUUUUUUCUUUUCUCCCAAGAGAUAUUUGGGCCACCGACACAAGUGCAAAUCCAACGGGACUACCAGCUCACAACACCACGGAAAAAUUCACUCAAAAUGGCAUCGGACUCCCCGCGCAGGCCGAGUCGCUGUGCUGGAGGGGUGUUGGUGAGAGCACAAGCUGCUACGGAGCAGUCGUACAUGGAAAGUGUAGUGACUUUCCUGCAGGAUGUGGUCCCCCAGGCAUAUACCGGCGCUCCACCCACUGAUGAAAAAGAGAAAAUCAUUUGGGUUCGCUUUGAGAAGGCUGAUGUCAACGACACUUCCCGCAACCCGGAGUUUAUCGAGAUGCACAGUGGCACCUCGGACCCUCCCCUCUGCCUCAUGAUUGGCUAUACCGACGGCAUGCAGAUCUGGAACGUAUCUCUGGCUGGGGAAGCCCAAGAGCUGUUCUCAGUGCGUCAUGGUCCUGUGCGAGCCGCUCGAAUUCUGCCAGCCCCCCAUAUCAGUCCACUGAAGACGGACGGUUUUGCUGAAAAGAGGCCCCUGCUGGGGGUUUGCAAGAGCACAGGUUCCUCUGGGACAAGCCCUCCCUACUGUUGUGCUGACCUCUAUUCUCUACGGACGGGGGAAAUGGUUAAAUCGAUACAGUUCAAGACGCCCAUCUAUGAUCUCCACUGCAACAAACAUAUUCUUGUUGUGAGCCUCCAAGAGAAGAUCGCAGCAUUUGACAGCUGCACCUUCACCAAGAAGUUCUUUGUUACAAGCUGCUAUCCCUGCCCUGGCCCCAGCCUCAAUCCAAUAGCUCUGGGAAGCCGCUGGCUCGCCUAUGCUGAGAACAAGUUGAUAAGAUGUCACCAGUCUCGUGGUGGAGCUUGUGGCGACAAUGCACAGUCGUACACGGCUACAGUGAUCAAUGCUGCCAAAACUUUAAAGACAGGCCUAACGAUGGUGGGUAAAGUCGUUACCCAGCUGGCGGGCACCCUACCAGCAGGUCCUCCGGAUGAAGAGGGCACGACUCACAGUUUGGGGCGGCGCAGCCCCCACAACCCCGGUGUGGUCACCAUCAUUGACACACACAGUGUCGGAGAAGGACAGGUCUUGGUGAGUGAGGACUCGGAUGGAGAGGGAGUGGUGGCUCACUUCCCAGCUCAUGACAAACCCAUAUCCUGCAUGCAAUUCAACCCCAGUGGGAUGCUGCUGGUGACUGCCGACACGCUGGGCCACGAUUUUCAUGUCUUCCAGAUACUCACCCACCCAUGGGCGUCCUCACAGAGCGCAGUUCACCAUCUCUACACUCUGCAUCGUGGAGAGACAGAGGCCAAGGUCCAGGACAUGUGUUUCAGCCAGGACAGUCGCUGGGUGGCCAUCAGCACCCUCCGUGGCACCACCCACGUAUUUCCCAUCAAUCCCUAUGGCGGUGCACCCUGCGCCCGCACACACAUGUCCCCGCGGGUGGUCAAUCGGAUGUCUCGCUUUCAGAAGAGCGCCGGCCUAGAGGAAAUUGAACAGGAGCUGAACAGGGCGGCCGCACUGGGAGGAGGAGCUGGAGGAGGAGGUUUAGUAGGAAGCAGCUGCAUCCUGGGUGGAGGAGGAGGCGUCGGAGGCCGCUGUAGCCCCAUACCUGGCCUGUCCAGCAGCCCUUCGGGCUCUCCGUUGCACGCCAAACUGACCAGCCAGGAUUCGUACAACAACUUCACCAAUAACAACAUGGGGAACCCGCGGCUCACCCCGCUGCCCAGCCUCACCGUAGUGCUGCCCCUGGCCCAGAUCAAACAGCCCAUGACCCUGGGCACCAUCACCAAACGCACCGGACCCUACCUCUUUGGGGCGGGAUGUUUUGCCAUUAAAACUCCAUGCAAAACCAAGCCACCCCCUCAAAUCUCCCCAAGCAAGUCCAGCGGAGGAGAGUUCUGUGUGGCCGCCAUCUUUGCGUCAUCUCGCUCCUGGUUCAUCACUAAUCCCAACAUGAAAAGAGAGAAAGAUCAGUCCAGGCAGUCCAUUGUCGACUCACUGUACAUCCUCAGUUGCUACGGUAACUUGGUGGAACAUGUCCUGGAACCACGGCCAAUUAGCACCGCACAGAAGAUUAGCGAUGAUACACCUUUGGAGCUCAGCACCUGUCCAAGAGCCUGCUGGACUCUAGCAAGGACUCCACAGUGGAAUGAACUGCAGCCACCCUUCAAUUCCAACCAUCCCUUAGUGCUGGCCUCAGACCUGGUGCAGUACUAUCAGUAUCUUCUGGCUGCGAUGCCUCCAGGAAGCCCAGGACCGAUUACUCGUCACGAGUCGUCCGACAGCCUAGCGUCAGACCACAGCGGACCGGAAGACGAGGAGUGGCUCUCUCAGGUGGAGAUUGUGACCCACACAGGCCCUCACCGGCGCCUCUGGAUGGGCCCCCAAUUUCAGUUUAAGACUAUUCACCCUUCAGGCCAGACCACAGUCAUCUCCUCCUCCUCCUCGGUGCUUCAGUCCCAGGGCCCCGUUGAUGUCCAACAGCCCCUCUUGGACUUUGACACAGAUGAUCUGGACCUACACAGUCUCAGGAUCCAGCCUGUACGUUCAGAACCAGUCAGCAUGCCCGGCUCAUCGCGGCUGGUGGCCGAUCGCCGCGGACAGACCAACAUCAUGGACGCGGGAUCAGGUUAUUCCUAGAAAAGACGCUCCUCGCUCUGCCAAUUCCCAUUUCAAUUAAUUUUCCUUUUGCUUUUUUUCCCCCCCUUGUGAGCAUGCUUCACUUUCAUUCCGCCUUUAUAUCUAUCAUCCAUCCAUCCGUCAUCCACCCUUCCCUCUCCCUCUCACGACCCAGUCAUUGUUUUAUCAUUGGUGUGUGAGAGAAGAGGACAGGCGGGAGGAGGAGGAGGAGGAGGAAGAGAGGAAGAUGGACAGCUUUCUACUUGUCUGUCUUUGUCUGUCUCUCUGUUCAUUUUUGUCUACUUAUGGCUUUGUAAAUAGCAGGAAAUUACAAAUAACAUUAGGCAGUAAUUUAUUAUUUUUGUUGUGACUGGAAAAUCUGGAAAAAAAGAAGUCUGACCAUUUUUUCUUUUUUUUAACAUACAGUUAGAAGCUCUGUUGUAUUGCAGAUCUCUGCAAGGGAUUCUCUGUUAACUUUACAUCUAAAGCAUUAUACAUUAAAGUGAUUUGAACGGGGCUUCGAGAUAAGAAACGUGCAGUUCGUAUUUCAGAUUCCGAAAUUCUUUCAGGCGUCUACCUCAUUCGACAUUUAGUCAAAUAAUUCCUAAAUUUGUCUGAGUUGCAUCAACCUGAUUCCGUCUACGGAGGAGCUUUGUUCCCUUUAUUAAGCAUAACAAUUUAAUGAAGUGACUAUUAUUCCACCUAUUAAAAUAUGACUAAACAUGUAAAAUAUGAUUCUGCCCGGCCGAGUAUACAACAACAAGUAUAAAGGAAAAUCAGACACGUUUAAGUCAUUGGCAUCAAAUUUGGUCAUAAUUUGCAUGUGACAUAUUUAUAGAAUAAAAAGUAAAAUAUAUAUUAUUAGUAUUUGUAGUUGUAACAAAUUUGUUGACUCAAAAGAAGCAGAAGCUGCCCUAGCAGCUGAGCCCGGUUACCUGUUGCUUCGGUCCAUUGCCAACUGAAGCCUGUGUCUUGUACUGUGCUACAGUUUUACUUUAGAGCAACUUACACAAACACUCGCUCGGCAGCAUUCGGCCCUUUAGGCAGAGAAUAAAGCACAUAUUCUGUAUCCAGCUCAGGAUGAGAUGGAAGAUGGGUCAAAGAAUGAGGGAGGAAAUGCGCAAGUGCUCUUGUGUCUGCGGAGGAGUGGUCCUCUUCAAACGGCCUAUAUUAAUGUGCGUGUACAGUAGCCCUUGAAUUGCACAAGUGCAUUUAUGGUGUUUUUUUUUUAUUAUUAUUAUUCAUUUAUUUAUUUUACAUAAAUUGUCCUGUUGGAGAGUUUCCAUGUUAAGUAAUAAAAAUGGAAAUAGCAUAAUAGUCCACAUUUUUAUAGUAGAUUGUCUGCUCUGGUGCUCGAUACUUAUGUCUUUUUUCCAUGCAGUAUGAGUACUAGCAGCUAUUCUCAUGCAUGUGGGAUAUCAUGAAGUUGAGUAUAACAUACCAGCAGCAAAACUUUUAGUGCAAUGGUUUAAUUACAGACGUAUUAUAAAACAAUGAUGUUGCUGAUCUGACCUACGUUGGACUUUAAUGUAAAAGUCAUGUUUUGGCUUAUUUGACAUGAAAGUCUCCUCCAGUAUUAUGUCAUGAAUAAUAAUGUACUGUAUGUAUUACUUUUUUCAGUCAAAGGUUAAAUUACAAAAACAACAAAAAAUAAUUCCCUCUACAUCUGUUACCUGGAUCUUUUUGAACAUUUGCAGAUAUUUUCCAUUUCAAAAGUCACUUGACAGAAAGUUAAUCUCAGUGUUUUAAACUUUUGCAUCAGCAUUUUCUUCCUGGCAAAUUGUGAAGUCACCAAAUCCAAAAAAGCAUAAAAAGUAACAGAAAAAACAACAUAAAAAAAAAACAAAAAAAAAACAGAAGAGCUGCCAACUAAACAAGCAUCAGUAACCUUCACCGGUCUCUUCUCUCUUCUCUUUGUGCAUUUGUGUCAAAAAGAGUUUCUCUAUGUUACACUUCCUCAGUAGUGAGUGUUGAACCAGUUAAUUGACCCUGUCUGUAUUAAAAAGUAUUUCAAUUCCUUAAAUUUGUAUUUUUGUUCAUGUAUAAAAAGCUAAUUUCACAUUAAUUAUACAUAUAUGUGCCAUUCAGUGAAGUUUCCAUAUAUUAACAUUAAACCUUACAUGUUUUACCUCAAUCUGAAAAGUAUGUGUCUGGACUUACAUACAUACAUGUAUAGCUUCCCACACAGCACCAGCUUUUCUCAAUUCCACAUUAUUUAGUCAUUACAGCGAACGUGUGUGUUAUGUGUGAGUAUUAAAGACAACCUCACACCAUGUAGGCCCCUGGCACAUUGUGUUUGUGAGACAGUUUGUGCAUAAAUAUCCACACACGCAAAGCCAAGAAUGGUGUUUGUAUGCAUGUGUGUUACAGUAUGAAUUAUUUAUACAUGAGGAUGAAGAAUGUAAUUGAAUUUGUGCAUAUCUUUUGGCACACGUGUUUUUCUCUUGCGUUUUUUUUCAUAAGAUAUCCCUUGUUUCUCCAAGGUUACUGUCACCUACAUCUGUAAUGAUCUGUAAUAGUAAAGGUGCGUGCUUUGUUGAGCAGAAAAGCUGUUUGAUGUGUGGUAUGUGUGCCACACUGAGGUGGCCUUAAAAGUCCAGUGAAUAAUGACCUCUUUUAGAAACAAUGGCAGUCAGUCACCUGAUCUUGUUAUCUCACGUAUCUUGCCUCAAGGAAGUACGUUCUGUGCAAUUUCAACUGUCUAAACCUAUUGCCUUGUCAAGUAUUCAUAUUAAUCACUUUUGCGUGGUACAGAAAACUUACUGUAACUAUUAUUAAACUGAAAUGCUACUAUAUAUAUAUUAUUUGAUAUAUAUCAAAUACAGUGUUUUGAACUUCUCUCCUGCUUCAUUCGAUGACAUCUGCAGUUACUGUAACAGUAAAAGAAGUUGGUUCGCUGCCUGAGAAGUUAGAGAUGUGCCACCUGCAGCUCCUCAUCUAAUAGCUCACUGUAGCUGCUUGUUCUUCUUCAAUCAGGAAUUAGUUCAGUUUCUGUUUAACAAGUCACUGAAUAUUUUUGCGUUUUGCCAACUUAUCGGAUCACACUUAAAUUGCGGCUUAUCGCACCAGCAUGCAGCUGCUCUUAUAUAACCAUCAUUAGCUUUCAGCUUGAAAUAUUUAAAGUAUGCGCAAUCUAAAAAUAAAGUCCAUUGAAGAGAAACAUAUCUUUUAACACUGUAACAUAGCAUUGUAAGACAUCAGCGUUACCACAUUUCCUAUUCAAACAUGACAUCGCUGUCAUAACAUUACAUAAAACACAUAACCUUUGUGUGCUAAGGAUAAGGAACUCGUCAUCAUUAGCCUUAAGCUAAUGUUAAUGUUUGCAGCUAUAAGUAAGUAGCUCACUAACUUUGGCGUUCAGGUUAAUUAAGCUAAGCUAACUAACCAAAUCAUGGACGCCUUAGGAAGACGACUGUCCCUCUUCAUCAGAAACUGAAUCAGGCACUGUGUGCUUCCUUUUCAGAUGUCUUUAAAGGUUCUCAGUCAUCUGGUCAUGGUAAUCCAAAAGACGUUUAAAAAGGCAACUGGACUUGUAAAGUUUGAGCCGACGUUUCGCCUCUCAUCCGAGUAACUUCUUCAGUCCUUUUCAGAUGCUCGUGCAUUAGCGUUGUGCCGCCAUGAAAGGCAAGUUCAGUUCAAGUUUGAACUGCAUAUUCUUCUCUUUUAUAUUUUUGGUGAAAUGUUCCCAAACUUUAGAGCUCCACUGCUGGUUAGUCAUGAUAGUGUUUGGCCAUAGCUUUUCUGGCGAAAUCAUGGCUGACUUAAAAAAAUAAAUAAUAACAUCUCCAUUCAUGAUUUUGAUAGACGUGUUAAUCGUGACUAGUCGAUCUUGGCAGCCCUAUUUCUGACUGCAGUUAUUUCCUUGUCGGGGCAUGCCCAAAUUGACGAAAUCUCUUCCCAAAUCAACUGUUGCGUACUCAACAGUCUGGUACAUGUACUGUUACAUCUCUAAUUCGUGUUGGUCAUUUUUUGUUGUGUUGAUACAGUAUGACGACGUUUUAACAAGGGACACCGUAUUUCAUAUUUUAUUAGUAGUGGACUAAAUAAUAAUAAUUCACAUUAAUAUAGAGGCAGCUAUGUAUUGACAUAACAUGCUUUAGAAUGUAUUGCAGCAUUUGAUUGUAAACCUGUUGGCCGCGUUAACACCAUGUUCAUUAAUAGCCAGUUAAAUUAAGUGUAAUUGUCCAUGUGCUUUUGUUUAUGGUAGAAAGCUCCUCGGGGCGACCUUUUCUACUUAUUGAAUGCAAAACAACUGUGCAUCACGGGGAGUCAAAAUUCAAACAAUAAAAUCCAAAUGAUUCAUGGUGAGUUGCAAGCAAGAGCCACCAAGUGAGGCUUUUUAGUAACGCACCACCAGGACAGAAGGCUUUCGUACCCUUGGCCCUGUGUUCACAUUUCACUCUGCACAAGUUGGGGUUGCGCUCCUCUCCCACUUUGGGCCAUUACUCUCCACUUUGUAAUCAUACUCAACAAUUAUAACCUCACAGUGUGCCUCUGAUUACUGUCCGGGUGUAUUUUGGACUGUUCUGGGAAUACAAGAAAAAAAUAAAAAGAAACUGAUACGGGUCCCACCAGAACUUUAGGUUACACACAUUUACAGUAACCCCGUCCGUGUGUGUUUGUGUGUGGGUUGCCUUUCGUUUGAAGUGCUCAUUCCCUCUAAAUUACAGUGCUGCCAUAAUGAAGUAUUACCAUGCGAUUUCAAGGCAGACCAUUACAAAGAGGGAGAGCAAGUAUGUGUGUGUGUGUGUGUGUGCGCGCGCUGGACACUUGAGGUGAAAGUUCAAACGGGAUGCCUGAGCAAAGAGCAUUUGUCCAUCCUCAGUGUGUGUGUAUCUGUGUGUGUGUUUGCACUUACAUGUGUUCUGUGAUGCAAGUAGAAACAUAGCUUUUUUUUUUCUUCUUCUUCUUUUUUUUUUACACAUAGCAUUCCCGCUGUGUCGAGACCCGUUUGUGUGUGUAACAAUGCGUAUGAGUCAAGAAAGAAAGACAGUUGCGUGAGCAUCCUCCCAGUUGUGUUUCUAAAUGUGUGGAUCCACCAGCCAGCUGUGACAAAGCAGUUUGAGCUCGCCCACACACACGCUUGGAAGUGCCAGCGUCUUUGGCUGCAGGCUACGCCGGCCUCACCUACGGCCUCCCUGGCCUGCUGAAUGUUGCAUGAGGCCCAGGCUGCAUCAUACAUAGUGCAUCAGCACAAACAUGCCAUCAGAUGAUAUACAUACUGCCCUGGCACCUGUAUCCACCUCGGCUAACAAACAUCCAAUCCAUUUUUCAUCAACACAUCCAGUGGGAUGGAUGUUUUUUCGGGCAGGAAAGUAGUUCAACUGUUUUGUUUUGCUUUGUUUUCUUCUCAUGGUGAUUUGAUGCCGUUCUAUUUACAAAAGACAAAUUUGGGAUUAUGAUGUAUUGGUUUAAAUGUUUUGCAGCCAGCAAACCUCCAGCAACACUGAAACACACAAGAAUGGCCAGACAUAACCGACCACCACUUCAAGGGUUUAGUGUAUUUGGAUCUGUUUGAUUUGAUUUCUGUUUUGACUUUUAAGCGUUUCAAUUUCAUUUAUAAUUCAGCGUGUAGAAGAAGUAACCAUUUGUCUGCAGAUAGCAACAAGGGUGAGGAGAAAGUGGGUCCAGUUUUUUAUUUUAGAGCAGCAAUGACUGCUACUAAGUUGUUCAUGGGCAACUAUUAUAUAUGGAUGAAGAUUUCAACUAAAAUUUUACCAGUGAACCUAAUUGAACUUAGAGACCAUCUGGGGAACACUUCUGAGAAAUCAAGAGCUAAAAAUCCACCAGGCUCUUAUUCUAUUUAUGUCUCUGUGGUUUUACUAAUAUGCAUAUUGGAUGAUCUGAUCACAGCAGUCAGCUCUAAGAACCAAUGUCACUUUACGAGUGUGAACGCCAAUGUGUCCGGGGCCACGGAGGAUGUCAGUUUAGUAGGCGGCCCUUCACUAUCUAAACAAAGUUUUGCCUCUUUUGGUUUUAGCUGCGGGGGUACCUCCAUCAAUCACAAAACAAAACAGAUGGUGCGAAGUGCUCCAGUACCUGGAGAGAAAACACACAGAUGCUUCGGUUGAAAAGUGAUGCCAGAAAAGGCAGGAGCACCGUAUCUGCUUUUUAAUUCGUCUUAGAACUGUGAGGAAAGUUAGGCUAAUAAAUAAAAGUAAAAUUAAAGUAACUAAAUUAUCGAAUGUGAGCAAACUUUAUGUAUUUUUUUUUCUUUUUUCUAAUGAGCCAAAUAUUUAAAUAUUUGUAAAUUGACUAAGUUAAGUUACCGUUUACCGUGGAAAUUUUCAGGCAGUUUACAGCAAUGAAAUUACAGACUCUAUUUAUGAAUGUUUCCUGCAUGAUGUAGGUGUAGAUUUAUUUGCAUGCAGCGUGUGGCACUGAGAUCCAGUCCCAGUGAUCUCUUCAGAUACAUGCAGAUGCAUUUCAGUGGGUAGUGUAGUGUAGCUGGACAUACUGAGAGCAGCUCAACGGUGGAGUUGAACUGGGCCUGUGUGAUAGUUUGGACGUUUUAUGAAUGUCAUGCUGUUCCAGAUGGUGCUGUUUUUGUCAGUCAUAUCAGCCUAUAUGUAGACUUAAGACAACUUUACAUCUGGAAUGUGAAAAUCAUUUUGAUGUUUAAUUUGUCAAAAGCAAAUUUUUCAUUUGCACGUCUCCUUGCAGGUUAUUACAGUUUUACAACAUACAGUAAAUCUUAAAUAACUGACUGAUUCCAGGUAUUCUGGAAGAAUGCGCCUACUCAUUGGACACUUCUGACCUUUUUAUAGUUAAAAUAAGCAAAAAAAAAAAGCCAAAGUGGACAAUAUGAAGCAUAGGUGUUAAAGGGUAAAUUUAUAAAACAUAGCUGACCGAUACUCAAAAUAAUGUACUUGAACGCAUCUUGUGUGAACAGUGUCAGGAUGGAAGCUGCUCGGUGAACCUGCUGCAGUCCAUUGAGGGCGUCUUGUUUUCCAAAAUCUCUGCCUGUCCUCCUGUCCAAAGAAGUCUAAAAGUCAUACAAUGUUACACUAACACAUCAGUCCAACUUUCAGACUCCUACUAAAGAUACUCGCACCCAACACCCUCCAGCUCCAUCCUCAUAGCACGAGGUGCCGACUGCAGCCAUGCUGUCACCAUGGCAGCUAUCACCCAACAUCUCUUGCUCCCAGCUAGUGACCUAUCUAGCUACUGCAUUAUAGCUAGCGUGCUAACAGCAGAGGGGCCAAGCGCCCUUUAGCGAGUCUCCCCUACAAAGCAGAGUCUCCUAAAUGAAAACCAUUCCCCUCUGUCUGCUUCCCCAGAUCUGCUCAGGGACAGAAGCCGUGGGGUCAGCAGCUGGUGGAGGAUAUGGCAAUUGUUUAUGAAAAAAAAAAAAAAAUGCUUUCUCAAGCCCACCAAAAACACACAUUUUCGGGAGGAGGCGGGGCGGCUCUGCCCCUGAACAGCCAACAGCUGGGAAGGGUUGGGAGUAGCCUGGAGGCUGGCAAGUAGCCCCUUCCCCUGUCCAGAUGGGGGAGGUUAGGCCGAGGCUAGCUGCAAGCCCACACCACCCCUCUCUUCCCUCCACUUCCCAAACUUCCCAUUCCCAUUAAGGGGAGGUUGAAGAUUGCAGAGGGAAGGAAAGGAGGAAGAAAAGCAAAAGAGCAUGACUGCUCUGUUUUUCACCCCCAACCCUCCCUCCGUCUUCAGUCUAAUCAAAUAAAGCAGGAAGCUUCCGAGACGGAAGAGGAGUGUUUAUUGAUAUGUGCGUGAGCUCCUUCACCCCCUGUCCUGUCCCCGUUGUUUAUUUUUUCGUCCACCACUUUAGAAAAUUCAGAUAUUUUCAGUGUUUUCAUUUAUCAUGCCUGACUGAAUGUUUGAAAACUGCUGCGGCAAAAAAAAAAAAAAAAAAAAAAAAGGAACCGUUCCUGUCGCCUU